AUGGGGACCUGGAUUUUGUUUGCCUGCCUCCUGGGAGCAGCCUUCUCUAUGCCCCUACCACCUCAUCCUGGGCACCCUGGUUAUAUCAACUUCAGCUAUGAGAGCUCAUAUUUUCAGGUUGUCCGUAUUGACGGGACUGCAUCAGUGCUUACCCCUCUGAAGUGGUACCAGAACAUAAUAAGACACCCGUACCCGUCCUACGCUUACGAACCCAUGGCUGGCUGGCCGCACCACCAAAUCAUCCCCGUGGUAUCCCAGCAGGCUGCUCUGCAGCCUCAUCACCACUUCCCCGUGGUGCCAGCCCAGCAGCCCGCGGUCCCCCAGCAUACCAUGAUGCCACUUCCUGGCCAGCACUCCAUGACUCCAAGCCAACCCCACCAGCCACACCUCCCUGUGCCCGCCCAGCAGCCCAUCCAGCCGCAGCCUCACCCGCCCCUGCUGUCCCAGCCGCCUCUGCCUCCGAUGUUCCCCAUGCAGCCCCUGCCCCCCAUGCUUCCUGACCUGCCUCUGGAGGCUUGGCCCGCAACAGACAAGACCAAGCGGGAGGAAGUGGAUUAA